AUGGAUCCUUCCUCUACAAAUUCUGUCACUGGCUUCUACAAUUUCCUAACCCGAGGAAUCGAUGAUCUCGAACGCAUUUUCCUUUCCAAUAAUUUCAUGUCAAUUCAGUUCCUCCAAAGAAAUUUAUCCCUCUUGAGUUCAUUCCACAAUCAGUUGACUCUUUUGGUUCAAAAUCUUCACUUGCCAGUAGGUGAAAAAUGGCUUGAUGAAUACAUGGAUGAAAGUUCCAGGCUCUGGGAAACUUGCCUUGUUCUUAAAUCUGGAAUUUCAGGCCUGGAAAAUUAUUACUCUGCAGGAUUCAACAUAACUUCUUCCCUCGACAGCCAUCGCCAUUUAAGUCCACAGCUUUUGCGUCAGGUUACCCGAGCAAUAUCUAGAUGUCAAAGGGAAGCAGUGGGAUUGGAGGAAGAAAACAGGUCACUAAUGGAGACAAGAAUUGAGCCACUUUCAUUAAGGUUUGAAGAGAGAGUGUCUGUAGAAUCAAAACUGAAUGGAUUCAAUGGAUUCAGGGGAGUUUUAUAUGCAAUGAGAAAUGUGAAUUCAAUUUUACUGAUGAUCUUACUCUAUGGCUUGGUUUUCUGCUGGCCUGAGUCGAAUAUUUCAAGAUGGGGAUAUGAAGGCUGCUUGUUCUUUGGAUCAUCCUUUAUGAUCUCCACUGCAAGAUUGCAACAGAGGGUGGCGUCUGAGAUCAAUCAGAUAACAGGCCGGGGUGGGAUUAUGCUACACGAGUUUCGACUAUACAAGAUUUCCAUGGAUGAGCUGAGGGGAGAAUUGGAGAGGAACUGCUUAAAAGGAACUGUAGAGUGGGAAUCAGAAGUUGGAAUAAGAGAAAGAGUGGAAACUUUGAAGGGUUGUUUUCGAGUUUUGAGAAAUGGUACUGAGAAUAUCAAUGGACAACUUGAUGAUUUUUUUGAUGAAAUUGUUGAAGGGAGGAAGAAGCUAUUGGAUUUAUGCAGUCAUAGAGAAUUUAGAAGCUCCACUCAGGAUUUGGUAGAAGAAAACAAGGGAAAACAAGUAGGGGUAUCCAUAGUUGGAUGGUUGAAUCGUUCAUUCACCCCGAACCCUGCAAAGAUGGUUAUGUCCGAUGAGGAAAUUACACGGCUAUUCAGAAUCAGGAAGACGGUGAUGCAGAUGCUAAGGGAUAGGGGUUACAUAGUAAGUGAUUUUGAGAUCGAUAUGUCAAAGCAUCAGUUCCUUAGCAAGUACGGUGAGAACAUGAAGAGAGAGGACCUUGUUAUUAUCAAAGACUUGCGCAGCAAUCCCUCUGAAAAGAUAUAUGUGUUCUUUCCUGAGGAGGCGAAGGUUGGUGUUAAGACAAUGAAGACUUAUACCAAUCGCAUGAAAGAUGAUGAUGUUCAUCGAGCAAUCUUAGUUGUUCAGCAGAAUUUAACUCCUUUUGCUCGGACCUGUAUAAGUGAAAUAUCUACAAAAUUUCACUUGGAAGUUUUCCAGGAGGCAGAGUUGUUGGUGAACAUAAAAGAGCACGUUCUUGUUCCCGAGCACCAGUUACUUACUCCGGAAGAAAAGAAGACUUUGCUAGAAAGAUACACAGUGAAAGAAACACAGCUCCCCCGCAUUCAGGUUACUGACCCAAUUGCAAGAUAUUAUGGUUUGAAGCGUGGACAUGUCGUGAAAAUUAUCCGACCAAGUGAGACUGCUGGACGUUAUGUUACUUACCGAUAUGUUGUUUAA